GGGGGGGGGGGGGGGAGAAAGAGUGAGGGAGGGAGAGAGAAUCCAGCUCUCUGUUCUCUGCUCUCGUGCUUGCUUAAUUAUGGGAACGACGACACAAAUGAGGAAAGCUUCAUCGAAUCCGUGCUGCGGCCUUUUCUUGCUUCUACUUGUUCUCCAGUUCAUCUCAAGAAUUUCAGCAAUCAGGAAAGAUCCAGGUUUUCUUGAGAGACAUGCAUGCAGAAACACAGUCCAGGGAAGAUAUUUACUAUGCGAUGAUAACGGACAUGUAUGCGAUGCAUUUUCUCUGGACCCGCUGUCUCAUUGUUGUCCAGAAACAGGGGAGAGAUUCUCUUGUUAUGGAUGCAAUCUCUUCUCCCGGUGUUGCAAUUCCUACGAGUCUUGUGUUUCCUGCUGCCUUGACCCUUCACGGACUCAUGAAGAUGAAGUCAUGAAUGUGAAGAUAGCCAAGCCGUCUACAGCUGGGACUUAUGCAAGUGUUUUUGACUUCUGUGCUGGGAGAUGCCGUCAUAGUUCUGAGAGUGUGGUUCAUGAAAAUGCUUAUAUUAGCGAAUUUCAUCAUUGUUUCUCUGUCCCAUCAAAUUCUUCAGGGGCCAGUGAUAAACUUGCAGAGGCACACCUGGCCGGUAUAAAUGUUAUUGUUGGAAGGCAAGGCGAGCCGUGUGAUUCUGUUUGCAAGUCCGUCGGGCAAUCAUGUGUUCCCAGCAAGCUUUCGCUCCUAAAUCAAUGUGAAAUUAUGCAAAAAUAUAUGAGCUGUAAAGGAGCUUGUUUGGCCAGUGAUGGAGCAGAUCAACCUGCCGAAGUUGCUGAAGAUGCUCCGAGACAUCUGAACCCGGGAGCUUGCCUGUAUACUCAAACGCAAUCACUUCUUUCUUGUGAUGGUUCUCAUCGACACACAAGGAGACUCUGUCCCUGUGCUUAAGGAAAUGCCGCGCAUUAGGUGGUCGGACAAGCUUGGGAGUGGAUUUUUGUAACAAUUCAUUGAGAAACGCCAAUUCUUUGUAGGAAUAUCGCAAUUUGAUGUAAAUAGUAAUUGUAUCUCAUUCAUUGAGCAGAAAUUGAAUAUGAUUCUGCAAGAUACUCAUAAAUGUAGCAUAUUGGAUUAGUCUAUAGAAAUUAUUAUUUGCAACAGUUUCAUGAUA